CGCUUUGUCUCGGGAAACCUCGGCCGCCCGCGCCCGCAGCACCAUGAUCGCCGCCGCCAAGGAGAAAAAUAAGCACCCCAAGGACAGCAUGACGCUGCUGCCCUGCUUCUACUUCGUGGAGCUGCCCAUCGUGGCAUCCUCCAUCGUGUCCCUGUACUUCCUGGAGUUGACCGACCUCUUCAAGCCGGCGAAGGUGGGUUUCCAGUGCUAUGACCGCACGCUGUCCAUGCCCUACGUGGAGACCAGCGAGGAGCUCAUCCCUCUGCUCAUGCUCCUCAGCUUGGCCUUCGCCGCACCCGCAGCCUCGAUCAUGGUGGGCGAAGGCAUGCUCUACUGCCUUCAGUCCCGGCUGUGGGGACGCAGCGGGGGGCCCGGUGGCACGGAGGGUACCAUCAACGCAGGAGGCUGCAAUUUCAACUCCUUUCUGCGGCGCACCGUGCGCUUUGUGGGCGUGCAUGUGUUCGGUCUGUGCGCCACUGCCCUGGUGACCGAUGUCAUCCAGCUGGCCACGGGUUACCACGCGCCCUUCUUCCUGACGGUGUGCAAACCCAACUACACGCUCCUGGGCACCUCGUGUGAGGCCAACCCCUACAUCACGCAGGACAUCUGCUCGGGCCACGAUACCCACGCCAUCCUGUCCGCCCGGAAGACCUUCCCGUCCCAGCACGCCACGCUGUCCGCCUUCGCCGCUGUCUAUGUAUCGAUGUACUUCAACUCGGUCAUCUCGGACACCACCAAACUGCUCAAGCCCAUCCUGGUGUUCGCCUUUGCCAUCGCCGCCGGUGUCUGCGGCCUCACCCAGAUCACCCAGUACCGGAGUCACCCGGUCGACGUCUACGCGGGCUUCCUCAUAGGGGCAGGCAUCGCCGCCUAUCUGGCCUGCCACGCGGUGGGGAACUUCCAGGCGCCCCCCCCAGAGAAGCCGGCGGCCGCGGCGCCCAGCAAGGACGCCCUGAGGGCGCUGACCCAGCGUGGCCACGACUCCGUGUACCAGCAGAACAAAUCGGUGAGCACCGACGAGCUGGGGCCGCCCGGGCGGCUGGAGGGCGUGCCCCGGCCCGUGGCCCGCGAGAAGACCUCCCUGGGCAGCCUGAAGCGCGCCAGCGUGGACGUGGACCUGCUGGCGCCGCGCAGCCCCAUGGGCAAGGAGAACAUGGUCACCUUCAGCCACACGCUGCCCCGCGUCAGCACGCCGUCCCUGGACGACCCCGCGCGCCGCCACAUGACCAUCCACGUGCCGCUGGACGCGUCCCGCUCCAAGCAGCUCAUCAGCGAGUGGAAGCAGAAGUCGCUGGACGGCCGCGGGCUCGGGCUCCCGGACGAGGCCAGCCCCGGACACCUGCGCGCCCCCGCGGAGCCCAUGGCCGAGGAGGAGGAGGAGGACGAGGAGGACGAGGAGGAGGAGGAGGAGGACGAGGAGGAGGAGGAGGAGGGCGAGGAGGGCGGGCCGGCGCCGCCGUCCCUGUACCCCACCGUGCAGGCGCGGCCGGGCCUGGGCCCCCGGGUCAUCCUCCCGCCGCGGCCCGGGCCGCAGCCGCUCACGCACAUCCCCGAGGAGGGCGCGCAGGCCGUGGCCGGGCUGUCCCCCAAGAGCAGCGCGGCCGUGCGGGCCAAGUGGCUCCUGAUGGCCGAGAAGGGCGGCGCGGCGGCCGCGGCGGCCGCGCCCUCGCAGCCCCGGGUGGCCAACCCGCCGCGGCUGCUGCAGGUCAUCGCCAUGUCCAAGGCGCCCGGCGGGCAGGGCCCCAAGGUGGCCGAGACGGCGUCGUCGUCCAGCGCCAGUUCCGACUCGUCGCAGUACCGCUCGCCGUCGGACCGCGACUCGGCCAGCAUCGUGACCAUCGACGCGCACGCGCCACACCACCCGGUGGUGCACCUGUCGGCGGGCAACGGGCCCUGGGAGUGGAAGGCGGCGGCGGCGGGGGGCGGCGGCGGGGGCCCCGGGGAGCCCGAGGCCGUCUACGAGCUGGGGGACCUGGCGCGGGGCUUCCGCGGGGUGCCCCGGCCGCUGGGCGUGUCCCCCGGCUCGUCCGUCAGCGACGUGGACCAGGAGGAGCCGCGCUUCGGCGCCGUGGCCACCGUCAACCUGGCCACGGGCGAGGGGCUGCCGCCGCCGGGGGCCGCGGACGGCGUGCUGGGGCCGGCCAGCCGCGAGUCCACGCUGCGGCGCAAGGCGGGGGGCCUGGGGGCCGGCGACCCCGCGGCGGAGACCGAGGCCGAGAGCUACUUCCGCAAGAUGCAGGCGGCCCGCAGGUUCAAGGACUGAGCC